CCAAGAUGUUGGUGCUAGUGUUGGGAGACCUUCACAUCCCCCACAGAUGCAACAGCCUGCCAGCGAAAUUCAAGAAACUGCUGGUUCCAGGAAAGAUCCAGCACAUCCUUUGCACUGGAAAUCUCUGCACAAAGGAGAGCUAUGACUACCUCAAGACCCUGGCUGGUGACGUUCAUGUGGUUAGAGGGGACUUUGAUGAGAACUUGAAUUAUCCUGAACAGAAAGUUGUAACUGUUGGGCAGUUCAAGAUCGGGCUGAUCCAUGGCCAUCAAGUUAUUCCUUGGGGUGAUGUGGCCAGCCUGGCAUUACUGCAAAGGCAGUUUGAUGUGGACAUCCUAAUUUCGGGACACACACACAAAUUUGAGGCAUUUGAACAUGAAAACAAGUUCUAUAUCAACCCUGGAUCAGCAACAGGAGCCUACAGCGCUUUGGAGAACAACAUAAUUCCUUCAUUUGUGCUGAUGGAUAUCCAAGCCUCCACCGUUGUUACUUAUGUGUAUCAGCUAAUUGGCGACGAUGUGAAAGUAGAAAGAAUUGAGUACAAGAAAUCUUAAAAGUCGGCUACUUUUGCUCAUUUAUGCUCCAGUCUCC